ACAACCAAAAAGCAAGUAAGAAAUAUCUAUUUUGGUUCUCUCCAAAACAAACUCAACAGCCUAUCCACUCAAAAAACCAAACCCACUUUACUUGUUUCUCAACUCAACUCAUGUUUCAAAUUCAAUCUUGUUCCUUUUCAUAGCAUAGCAUUUACACCUUCAUUCAUUCUCUUUUGUGUAAGUGUAAAUGGCACUACACAUUCAUAAUACUAUUCGAUUACACUUUCAAUUUCAAUCUCUUCUUCCACUUUCAUCUCCUUCCACCUCUUUCUUCACUGCUCUCCAGCCACUCUCAGCUAAGAGGGUUUUCUCUCUUCCUUCUCCACCCAGAAGAAAACACUUGCUUCCUUUCAAGGUAUGUGCAACCGUUGCAGAAACUGGUCAACCGAAAUGGUGGGAAAAGAAUGCAUCAAACAUGAUUGACAUUCACUCCACACAAGAAUUUCUGAAUGCUUUGAGUCAAGCUGAGGAUAGACUAGUUAUUGUUGAAUUUUAUGGGACUUGGUGUGCUUCUUGCCGAGCAUUAUUCCCCAAGUUAUGCAGAACAGCUGAAGAACACCCUGAAAUUAUUUUCCUCAAAGUAAAUUUUGAUGAGAAUAAGCCAAUGUGCAAAAGUCUGAAUGUUAAAGUACUUCCUUACUUCCACUUUUAUAGAGGGGCUGAGGGGCAGCUGGAAUCAUUUUCAUGUUCACUUGCCAAGUUUCAAAAAAUAAAGGAAGCUAUCCUGAAGCAUAACACAGCUCGAUGCAGCAUUGGUCCGCCAAAGGGAAUCGGUGAUUUGGUUCUUGAAACUUCCUCUGCUCCCAAGGAUAGACCAGCAGACUCUGUUUGAUAAUCAUAGUACCUUCAUUCAUGCAUCUACAGCGUAUAAGUUUAUCUCCCAAAGUCUAACCGCAUUGGAAGCUAUGGUCCAGAAAGACUUAUGAUGUGAAGGUUAUGUGUAAUCUGUAUAUUUACACUUGUAUUUUUUUGAUCUGUUACUUCAUUCUUGAUCAUUCAUUAGCUGAUUGUAAUCAAGUACUUGAAAACUUCAGUGAGAAUGACAUGUUAGGUCUUAAGUUGUAUUUAAGUGAAAAACUUGUGCAUCUGUAAGCUGAAUACCACUUGUUAUGGCUUGAUUCUUUUACUAAAUUAAUUAUGCUACAGAAUGAAAAUGAGUAAUUAUCUCCUGAGUCA